UUUUUUUUAUUCUCUGCAUAGACUUUACAGUGAUAACACGUGAAGUUUAUUUCAAAUAUUAUUUACGUUUUUAUUAAAAUAAUCUAAUUGUGCGGUUUAGGAAAGUAAGCGAAAAUGUUAAUAAGCAGUGCACGUGAUUUAGAUUAAUUUUAAGUGCCAAAUAGCAAAUGAAAAGUGUAUAAAACGUGGGUGAACAAAGUUGUUUAGAUUCGUAAUUUAUUUAUGCUGUAAAACGUAAAUUAAUAGAAACCAAGAUGUGUGUGAAGUCAGAGGGAGUGAGGAGCGGCCUCUUCUUGGGCUUCGGCUCCUUGCUGGUGGUGUCAGGCGCCGUCAUGGUGGUGUUCUGGCCUGCGAUCUUCGACAGCCAGUUACAAAGAAUGAUGAUUCUAUCACCAGACUCAAUGUCGUUCAGUAUAUGGAGGGAAACGCCGAUUCCGAUGUUUUUAGAGAUUUUCUUCUUCAAUAUUAGUAAUGUAAACGAAAUACUAAGCGGGACGGCAGAGAAGAUUAAAGUCGUGGAAAUGGGACCUUACGUGUUCCAAGAAUCUCAUACUAAGGUGAACCUGACGUGGAACGACAACAGCACCCUGACGUUCUACAACCAGCGGUUCUGGCACUUCCGACCUGAGAUGUCGGCGGGGUCCAUCGGCGACAACAUCACCAGCAUCAACCCUGUCAUUGCGACGGUGGCGUACCUGAUGAGGAAGCAGCGGCUGCCACUGAAGGUGUCCGUGGACCUGUUCCUGAGGAUGUUCCAUCCGAACCUGUUCCAGACGGCCAACGUCACCUCCUGGCUCUUUGAUGGCAUAGAGGAUCGCGUCCUGGACAUCGCGCUGAAGAUCCCCGAACUCCCCUUCAUAAUUCCUUAUGAUAAAUUCGGAUGGUUUUAUGAGCGCAACGGCUCCAUAGAAUACGACGGCUCAUUCAACAUCAACACAGGAGCCAGUGACUUCUCCCAGCUUGGCAACGUGCACGAGUGGAGAUAUGCCAGUAGGACCGACUACAGAGAUGAGUGUGGGGAAGUUAAGGGGUCUACGGGAGAGCUCUGGGCUCCGGAGUAUGGGCAGCCAGAACUGAAUGUGUUCGCUUCUGAUAUUUGCACGUACCUAACGGUUGCCAAAGACCGGGCAGUGCAAGUGGAAGGUAUAGACGGGGUGCAGUAUGCAGCCAAUGACUCAGUGUUCGACAACGGAUACAAAUACCCCAGGAUGGCAUGUUACUGCGACAGGGUGCGCGACGCGGAGUGCCUGCCGGCGGGCGCGCUGAACGUGUCGGACUGCCGGUUCGGCGCGCCGGCCUUCGUGUCGCUGCCCCACUUCCUCCACGCAGACCCUAUCUAUGCCAGCAAGAUCGACGGGAUUAAUGCUACUGAAGACAUGAACUUCAGACUAGCGUUGGAGAUGUUCACGGGCAUGCCACUGUCUGUAGCGGCGCAGUUGCAGAUCAACUUACUCGUACGACAUAUUAGUGGGAUCACUAUAAACAACGUGUUGCCGGACCCGGACACGAUGGUGCCGAUGUUCCGGUUCCGGCAGGAGACGGCGACGACGCCGGAGUACGCCGCCCUGGCGCGCUCCGCGCUGCGCCUGCGCAACUGGGUGCCCUACGGACUCUACGUGCUCACCGCAAUCGGAGUAGCACUCCUGGUAGGAGGUAUAACAGUGCUGGUUAGGAAACUAAUGCGAUCCCCCGACACCGCGCCGCUCAUUACCUCCGAGAGUUCUCGCUCCACCGACACUCUAGAAUCCUAGUGACACACAGACGAACACAGUGAUAGUGAAUAUAUAUAGUAAGUGAAACUAGUGAUGUAUUUUAUACGGACUGAAAGUCGCAUGAUUUUAUAUGUAUGUAGUCGUAUGUAGAUCUCGCCAUGUUGCGGAUUUUUAGAGAACUAAAAUUGUCAUACAAAAAUGUUCUUGGUCGUCCUAAAGCGAUGACAGCGCCACUUAUGUGAGGAGAUUGUUCUUGAUUUUGGUUUGUAUGUGAGAUAAAGUUUUACAGAUGAAUUUUAUUAUUGACUUUUAUAAAUUUUGGCUUGCAGUGCCAUUUGUCAAAAGUCAAUUUUUGUUAAAUAAAUCGCUAAAUAUAUUGAAAUGGGUUUUUAAAACCCCCUCCUUUUAUGAAGUUGGUUAACUAAUAAGACAAAUGUUGCUUACCAAUGACUUAACCAUAAUAAUUUAAGCUUUAAACUAGAAUAAUGAGCUUCCCUACAUUUUGUACUGCCAUAAAAAAGUUCCAGAUGCAUACAGGGUGUGCUAAACUGAAAUUGUUUAAACACCUAUAAUUUUGGCAUCCUUAGUGCUAGCUCAUUCUUUUGUAGUCUAAGUGCCUUGAAAUGCUGAAAGCUAUAACUUUUCCUGUAAAUUGUCAAUGUAUUGUAAAUAAAAAACGACUGUAAGUAAAUUAACUGUUUUAGUAACUUGCUGUAUAUAAGGUAUUCUAAAAUUAUCUGCCACGGCUUCAAUGGGAGGUAGUGUUGUGUUUGAAGAUUACAAUAGUGAAGAAAUUUCGUACCCCGGACCAGUUAAUUUAAUUUUAGGACAUAAA